AUGAAGGUUGAAAAUGCGCCAUCGCCGCAGGUCAAAGAUGAAGCCGAGGAGGCCAGUCCUUCACCGUACAUGGAAGAAGACGACGUCUACGAAGAUGCGGGGGAUCUAGAUUUCUCGCAUUCCCAACAGCAAUUCUGGCUCAGUCGGCUGCCAAAGUCAUUAUGGGAGCUUUGGGCAAGCAUGCCCGAAGACGGUGAGAUUGAGAUUGGAACUCUCAGGGUAGAAGGGGACAGCAGUGACCCAAAAAGAGUCAGCCUACGGUUGAACCCGUUACCACGUUUCGAAAAGCAGCCAAAGGAAUACAACCUCCUGCCAUCGAGAAGAGAGACAAUACUGCCGAAGCGCCCAAGAAAUGCGUUUGUCUUCUCGGAGAAGGACAUGCCCGGGUACAAAAGGAGAUCCAAUGGUCUCCGUGAUGAGGAGGAUAGUAGCUAUCACGGUAGGUCCUAUCUUUACGAAAAGAACAAGCGGGAUAGCAAAAGGAAAGAAGAGAAGAAGCGGUUCGAACCAUACACAAGAAAACCUAUUCCAAAACAGACAGCUAUCGUAGGCGUUGUGAGCCGUGAGUUUGAAUGCAUUCCAGUGGACAACGAGGAAUACAGGGAAUUGGAGAGGCGCAAAGCCGAGAUCAUGUUGAAGCCUAAAGAAGAAGUCGAGACUUCAUUUGAGAAACUCAAGGAUGCGACGUAUUUGGCGCCAGGCACUCUCGGCGUGUAUGGCAACACGAUCACGGCCAAGCAGGAAAAGAAACGCCGAGAGGCUGCGAAGGAGAGUCGUGCUUCUCGACUACCUAAAAACGAGCUUAUCGAUAUGCUGCUUGACUUGUUUCAGUAUUACAAGUACUGGGGUCUAAGAGAACUCAAGAAGAAGACGAAUCAGCCAGACGCCUAUCUUCGUGAGGUUCUCAACGAGAUCGCCACGUUGUGGAAGAGUGGCGAUCUGAACGGCAAGUGGGAACUGAAGGCAGAAUUUAAGGAGAGAGAUGCAGUCGCCAACUAUGCUGAGGGUAUGGCACCAGAUGCAGUGGAUUCUGAGGCGGAUCUUGGGGAGGAUGACGACGAGAACGAAGCAUUCGAAGAUGUCUGA